AUGGAGGCAAUGAUCAAGACCAACAAUGGACUUCACCAGUACUACAACAUGCUUGUCGAUGUCCUAGCGGGUUCGAAGGAGUUAGAUGUGAGACGCGUAACGGCCUUCUGCAAACGUCAUUCCCGAUAUUCCUACAUUUACGAUCCGGAUACUGGUUGCAUUUCAACUAGUCGAAUUGUGAUUCGCUCUUGUUCCGGCUCCUGUCAAGGUGCAGCAGGUACUUUGAUGUGGCAGCUAGAACAGCAGCGGCAGCAGAAACGCCGAUGGAGCAAAAAAGCAAGACGAAGAGUUCGUCGACACAGAAGUCAGUGGACUUCGUCAGCUUCGCUGCCGUCGCCUUCGUCAUCACUGCCACUGACACCCGGACUGAAUCGUAUGCCUCGAAGUGUCACGGAGAAUACUGGAACCUGCUGUCAGCCGGUGCGCUUCAAACGGAAGAGCGUACAGUUCCACUGUCCACAGAAUGGAGGUGAGGGCCGUGUCUACUCUCGGUGGUUUCGGUUUGUUCGGAAGUGUGGAUGCACCACCAAUUGUCACAAUCGUGAUGGCAGUACCACUGGCAGUACAGCCAAUGAUGCAUUUUGA